AUGGAUCAACGGUUUGAAGGUAAUGGCAGGGAUGAAUCGGCUAGCUCAGCAGAGAAUGCCAGAGCUUCUCGGGAAUUUUCAGCAUCAAAUCUCGCGCGCAUGACCGAUUCAGAAAUUCUCAAACAGACCCUCAGCCAGAAGUCUGUUAUCUUGACGGCCUCUUCCUUCGGCCGCCUUUCUCAGACUGCAAGUUCUCGACCCGACUUGCAACAACUCAACCAAAUCGGAGCUGGUCUACAGGGAGCUAUCUUCGAACAGGUCGGGAAGCCGCUGGCCUUGAAAAAAGAAAGUCCAGGAAACGAAAAGCUACCAUCAAACCUCUAUCAUGAGUAUAAGAUUCACUGUGAUGUUUCGGCCGCAUUCGAACAUUACCAGUCUACCAACGGGGGAAUCCACGUUCCAAAACCCUUCGAAUUGAUCUCUAGGAAAGAGAAUAGCGGGUUCUGGGAUAAAAUCUUACCAAAAACUCCCGAGGAUCAUCGAGUACCUGGGAACCUGGUAAUAAUGGAACGGAUUCUUCCAUUACCAAAAGUCGUACGAAAAGCCUUGAUCUCCCAAUUCUGUGCCCCCGAGCAGCAUCUUGAUAGUGCUGGAAUGGAAGCCCUCCUUAACCACCCUGAAAACAAGCACUGUCUUAUCCGUAUUUAUCUCGGCAAGGAAAAUGGUACCAUCAAUCACGAGAUUCCGCUGCGAAACUUCCCUCUAUGCCUUGAGUCGAUGGAGCAAGUUGGCGUUGAGACUCUCCCCUUUGCGAAUGCGAUGGGCAAAGCCUAUGCAACCUUACAUUGGGCCGCGGCCGUCAACGGCGAUGAUGUGGAGUUUGUGCUUGGAACUUCAGUCAUAGAUGCCCAGGAGCAUGGACCGGACUUUCAAUACCGCGCCGUUCAGCUAUAUCUCUUAGAUUUUGGACAAUGCGAGGCAGUAGACCUUAAUCAGGACCCAGGUGUUGUUUAUCAAGCUUUCAAAGGGGCAAUGGUGACAGGGGAUAAUAAACGUUUCAUUCCACAUUAUUUGAGGAGCCCGACACUAUUCACAGCAUUCCGACAAGGAUACAUUGAGACAGGCAAUUUCAUUCUAUCAGAUAAGCGGCUGAAGGAUAAGUUCAACAUGGAGGACUUCAUGCAGAAGUAUGAGGAGUAUGCUGAGGAUUUCCUGUAA